AUGUCAGCACGAAGCUAUGAGAGAGCAGACUCAGACCAAACCGCCGAGUUUACUACGAAUCUGGGAUCUGUUCACAAUGCGACGCCAUCUCCCUCGACAAGAAUAGAUGCCAGUCAGCUCAUGACAGGGUCCAACACCUUAUACGCCAUACCGUUUAAAGAGACGGUUAUCGAUAUUUCAGAGAAGGUGGUGGGUGCCCUUCAGAAGCUCUGCAAACCUACCUCACUUCGCAAAGUCAGUUGUGAGCUGAAGCUCGUUCCAAAUAUCAAACCAGAAAUAGUUGAAAGCUUCACCUCGAAAGUUGAGAAGUACUCAUAUACUCUCGAUGAAUCCCCUUGGUGUGCCAUCACCGAGGGAUUAAACUUCCAAGCUUUCCAAGCCCUUGUUGUCACUGGCAUCUCGCGUCUUAGCCCAGAGGCGCCAAAGAGAGCCGUUCCAAAUCGUCCCGAACGCCCUCGCUGGGUUUUCCAUGAUGGAUGUCAGCAAAACAUCAGCGGGCAAUGCAAACCGGACCCUCCAGCAUCUGAGAAUGGCAGAGUCGUACAUGUGGAAGUCAGUCCUCAGGUUGAUAUCGUAGCCACCUUCUCGGCAGCGAUACCGAUGACUCGCAGUUUUCUGAACCACAAACUCCGAGGCAUCAAAAUAUGGGAUGCGGAUUUGGACGUGGUACUGGAGCUCGAGCCUUGGGGCGCCGAACAGCAGAAGCUCGACUUCCCCAACAGCCCCAGUUCCAUGUCUUUGAGGCGGCCAAGGCAGCGGAUUGUCUAA